AUGCGAGAUCUUCUCGGUGUGAUAGCAAAAUUACAUUCAAGUACUCAGGAAGAGCAAACUGCAAAUAAGGAAGCACGACGAAGUUUUCUCGUCAUGCCAACAACCGGAGAAAAUACACCAAAGAGGCCUCGCGAGGAAGUUAAACCAGAGCGAAGAACACCGCCGAAGAGAAAUAAAAUCACCCAUAAGGAAUGGCCGAGCAAGCCUGAAGUUCCCUUGAACAAAGAAACAAAGAGUGAUAACCCCAGCAAAGACAAUGAGAAAGAAAUGGGAAAACAAGAUGAUUGGAUCACAGUCAAACGUAAGCAACAAAAGAAGGCACCACAUAAGCCGCCAUCUCGACCGAAUGCAAUAGUCAUUGAAAAAACAGGAGACAUGUCAUAUAGCGACAUCCUAAGGACAGUUAGGAAAAAUGAUACACUGCAGAAGCUAGGGGAAAAUGUAACAAAAAUCAGAAAGACGGCCAAAGGACAAAUCCUGCUAGAGUUAAAAGAGGCACAGAUGAGGAGCACAGGCAUCUUCAAGACCGAGAUAAGCAAAGUACUGGGAGAAAAUGUACAGAUAAAAGCUUUAACUCGCGAGGUCAUGCUAGAAAUACGUGACCUCGACGAAAUCACGACUAAAGAGGACAUUGCCGAGGCUAUACGACGACAAAUAACUGGGUUGAGUAGUUUUGAUGAAAACUCGAUCAAGAGUAUCAGAUCAGCGUACUUAGGAACCCAAACUGCAGUGAGACUGGUCUUAUUGCAGAAACCAAAUAAACCAGCCGGAGAACCCAAUUCAUACCGACCACUCUGUAUGUUGGAUACGAUGGGUAAGAUACUAGAGCAGAUAAUCUGUGCACAAUUAGAGCUGCAUUUAGAAAAAGAAGAUAAGAAAGGUCUGUCCGACAACCAGUAUGGAUUCCGCAAGCAGAGAUCAACCACUGAUGCGAUCAAGAAGCUUACCGGCAUAGCCAACAAGGCAAUAGAGGGUACCAGAUGGCUGUAUGGUACAAAGGAAUACUGCGCAGUAGUCACGUUUGACGUUAAAAACGCGUUCAACUCGGCAUAUUGGCCCCAUAUUAUAAGUGCACUAGAACGUAAAGAAACCCCGGCUUACUUGGUUAAGAUCAUAUCCAGCUACCUGUCUGACCGGCUGUUACUGUACGAUACGGAUGACGGACAAAAAAAGUAUGAGGUAACGGGCGGAGUUCCGCAGGGUUCGGUGCUUGGCCCAUUGUUGUGGAAUGUGUUGUAUGACGGGCGACGGCAAUCAAAGACUAGCUCACGGCAACAAACCUCCAACUCGCUGGACAAAAAACAGACUGCUGUGCUGAUCACAAGUAGUAAAAAACCCGAAGACAUCAAACUAAAUAUCGACGGACAUACCAUCAUGACACAGAAGUCGCUGAAGUAUUUAGGAGUACUGAUAGACAAUAGACUCAGCUACAAGGAGCACAUUGGAAAGGCAUGUUAA